AGCCAUCCUUCAUGGCAAGCUGACGAGUGUUAAACAAACAAUAAUAAUUAUUUAAUAAAAUAAUUAAUUAUUAUUAAAUAAAAGUACGCAAGUACGUCUUGUAGUGAUUGAAAAAACAAGAAAAUUGUGAAAGAAACAAUUCGUAAGAAUGAACUUCGCGAUAGAAAAAUCACCUUUGUCACAGACGCCAGUCACUCGCGAGAAGAUGGAGAAGUGGGUGGAUGCCCAGGUGAAGGGGGAGAAGGCAGACAUAGACGUCUACGGGAAACCAACGGACAAGAUGCUGAAGGAACUGGAGAAUGUCAGGAACCUUAGCAAAGAGCUGCAGGAUAAUCUUCACGAAUUAGAGAACUCAGUCCGCAUUGCUGAGGUGGAGAACCAAGCGAUGAAUCCAACGGCUCAAAUCCUGGACUUCUCAGAAGACCAUGAGUUCGUGCCCGACAACAAGGACACUUAUUACGCAGAAGAAGACAAAGUGGAUGCCAAAGAAGAAGAGAAGAAGAAGCUAACGAAGGGUAAAGGACCAAAAACAGAGAUCCAAGAGUUUUACAAGGAUCAGUGUGUGUUUUUGACUGGGGGGACUGGAUUUUUGGGUAAAGUUCUAAUAGAAAAAAUAAUUCGUUCCUGCGGAGAUAUCAACACGAUUUAUGUAUUGGCAAGGAAUAAGAAAGGCAAGGACCCCAGGGUGCGGCUACACGAGAUGAUGGACGAGUUUCUUUUCCAUAGAGCUCAUGAGGAGAAUCCUAAAGGAAUCCACAAGGUGGUUCCGAUAUUAGGAGACAUGGAACUGCCGGGAUUAGGCAUCAACGAAGAGGACAGAAAGAUGUUAGCAAGCAAGGUCACAAUAAUUAUCAACGCGGCUGCAACCGUGAAGUUUGAUGAAAAACUCUCAGUUUCCACGGCUAUCAACGUGAAGGGUACUAAAGAGGUUCUGAAGCUGGCUAAGGAGUGUCGGAACCUGAAGGCCAUUACUCACGUGUCCACUGCUUUUUCGAACACACAAGUCAAACACAUUGAAGAGAAAUUCUACGAACCCCCAAUGUCGGUUGAGGCUCUGGAAGCCAUUUCAGAAGUUGAUGAAAAACUGGUCGAAAGCAUCUUGCCUACACUACUUGGAACCCGUCCGAAUACCUAUUGCUUUACCAAGGCCGUAGCUGAAGAGGCUGUCAGGACUUACGGGGAAGGACUCCCCAUUUGCAUCGUCAGACCCUCCAUAGUUGUAUCUACUUAUGAAGAGCCUGUGCGAGGGUGGACAGACAGUGUGUACGGACCCACCGGGCUUGUCGUCGGCAUUGGAACGGGGGUUCUUCGAACAAUGUACAUGGAUCAGGAGAAGGUGGCUGAUAUGGUGCCAGUGGAUUUAUGCGUCAAUGCCAUCCUAGCGUCAGCCUGGUACACUGCUAAGAAUUACAAGGAAAAUCAAACUUCUCAUAUCCCGAUCUACAACUACGUGUCUGGAGCACAAAAUCCCCUGACUUGGGGAGAGUUUAUCGAGAGGAACCGUAGAUAUGGUAUCGAUAAACCAACUACGAAGGCUGUUUGGUACUACGGACUAAACCCGACGAAUAAUUACUAUUUGUUCCUUUUCUACAAUUUCUUCCUACAUUACUUGCCUGCUUUAAUGAUCGACACCUACUGCGCUAUCACCGGGAAGAGACGGGCAAUGCUGAAGUUGUACUCAAAAGUGAUGAAACUCGCCAAUAUUUUGUUUUAUUUCUCAACGCAAGAUUGGAAGUUUUCUGAUAUGAAUGUGAGAAAUAUGUGGAAUUCCCUGUCUGAUGCCGACCGAGUCGUAUUUCCAUUCAGCAUGGGAGAAAUGUCUUGGGAAUACAUGUGCGAAACUUUCUUAGUUGGUCUACGGGUGUACCUUAUAAAAGACGAUCUUUCAACUUUGCCUGAAGCCAGGAAAAAGUGGAACAAGCUGUAUUACCUUCAUCAGAUCCUGAAAAUCAUCACACUGUCUUUAGUUUUAUACUUAACCUAUUUUGUAUUACAGCCGAUAAUCGCUCUUGUAUUCAAUUGAAAUUAUAUGACGCUUUAAUUUGGUAUAAAAUUUGUUAUAAGCAUAAUAUUGAUAUAAUAAGGACUACUGCUUGUAUUGUUCACUAGAUGGAGCUUAAGUAGCAUUUGUCAAAUUUUAAAUUGCAAGAAGUACUUGCUCUGUGUCUACGUGUAAAUUAUUUUGGUUUUCUUCUCCUCUACUAAUAUCUUCUGAUUUAUUUAUGCCGUUGCGGGAUCCAAGACAGUUGUUCAUGUCCCUGCGACGUUGGACUUCAGUGUUCCGGUGUUUGCAUAGUUGUAUCUCCUGUAGGUACUGGUGUACAGAGGUUGCACCAGUAACGGGACGUUGUAGCUAGUUUGUUAAGAAACAGUAGUUAAAAAAAACAGUAAAAUAUACCAAAAUUUACUAGCGCCAUCUAGUGAGCAAAAUAUGGAAGCCGUUAUUUUAUUAUAAAAAAACGUCCAAUUAAGAAAUAAGCAAUGAAAAUAAAUAGUGUAAAUGAACUAAGUAAAAUUUGUUACUCACAAGCUACAUCAAGCUAUG